AUGACGGGAACAGUUGCAUAACUAUUCACCAUAAAUAGAACAUCCCACUUGAAGUUUUUCAAAAACUCAUCUCAACUUAAUGAAUCAAGAAUAGAUAUUCCAAUGGGUAGAGGAUCUACCUCAAAUCUUUUGCAAGGUGAUACUCAAGGUGGACUCAUGCCAUAAGAAUGGGUUUCUAAUUAAGGGAAAAAAUUCUUGCAAGAUUCAAUAGAGAGACUUUAAAUAGAUUGCAAAUAGUAUCUCUUCAGAGGAUAGCCACUUUCUUAAUUAAGUUUCGAUGACUUGAACAAAAUUAAGCGAAGUGUUAAAAGUGAAUUGAAAAAAUAUGAUUAGACUUUCAUUGCUUUAUUUUCCAAGUAGCCAGCCAAGACUGACAAGGAGCCACUCAGACCUUUAUAUAUGUACUAUAAGAAGCUGAAAACCUUAAUCGUGAAUGCCUAGAGAAACGGUAUGAGAGGUGGUAACAAUGGUGGAUCAGGCAAUGUAAAUUAAAAGGACUAACCUAAUAAUGCUUAGUAGCAGUAGUAAGUAAGUGGAUAGCACAGAGCGAACUCUACUACUAGUAAUGGUAGUAAGUAGUCUUCAAACUACAAUUAUUCUAUUGGAAGCAUGACUGCCAAUAAUUCUAGAGAAAAUAGUGUUACUAAUUAAGGAUCCCUCACAAAUGCUUAUGCUAAUUCACUGACCCUUCAAGAUUUAAACUCUAAUACUGCAGGAGUCAAUCCUACUAUUGGCAAUAAGAAGUAACCAUAAGAGUAGCCUAUUGUUGGCAAGAAUAAUCAAGUUGCAUAAAAUGUUUCGUCCAAGCAAUAAUCAGUUGAUUUGGGCUAGCAGAAACAAAUUGGAUCAAGGAAAAACUCAGCUGGAUAAGGAGCGACAACAGUAAAUCACUCAACUUCAAACUCCUUAACUUAAAUCGAUAAAGACCCGUAAGGCAGGUUGAUGGGUGUAAGAGGUAGUGUCGAGUUGAAAUCAAUUAACUCAGUUGGAGGCUUAGUCAAUAACAUUGGUCCUCAUACAACUUAAUCAAACUCAAAUUCAUCUGGAUUUGCCUGGACCCAUUCUAGCAAACAUUAAUCAUUAAGCUAAAAAGCUCAAUCUUAGAAAUUUUAGGAGCUUGGCCAAAAUUAAGCAGGCUAUCAAUAGUACUCCAAGAAUGAUAUGAAUAAUGUCAGAAAGUCUGCCUAGGCAGUAACUAUGGCUUCACUACUAGAUAACAACAACCUCAACUAUCAACAACCUUCUUCUCAGUAGCAAUAAGUUCAUAAUCCAACUCAGGAAUCUUAGAAGACUGUAUAUGCUAAGAACUCUUAACAGCAACAAUAGUAACAGUAGUUCAAGUAAGGUAGUGGACCAAAUGUCUAAUAGAACUAUCCAGGCUAUUAGCAGCAGUAACCAUAGGCUUUUGAUCCAAGAAACUAAUACAUGAAUCAAUAAGUCUAAUAAAUCAACUUCUAUCAUCAAAACUAGUAGUAGUAACAUCACGGAGUAAGCAACGAAAGGAAGGAAAAUAUCAAUUCUAAUCCCUAUCAAUUUGAUGAGCACAAGCAGACUCAAAUAGUCAAUGGAAAUAACCUAAUUGGUAAUAAUCAAAAGAAAGAAAAAAGACCCAACUCAGCUUCUGUAGGAUCACAACAGUAAUAAUAAGUGCUGCAAUAGUAACCUGUUCAGAGUAAUGUUAUGGCUAAUAAGCAAAGAUCGCAAAUGCAGCAGUAGCAGCAAUCAUAGAUAUAAGAAAUUAUGAUUUAGAUAGAGGAGUUCAAAAAAGAGAGAAUCUUGCUUAGAUCAACUCUUGACAAUUUCAGGAGAGAGUUUGAGAAGACUAAUGCUAGAAGAAUUAAGUUCAAGAAAGAUAUUAAAGCUGUUGAUCACGAGUUCAAGAGAUACAAAGAUCUUAAAGAGGACAUUAAUAAACUUGAAAAGCAACUAUCACUUCUCAGACAGUGA